GCGCAGAUAAUUUCCAUUGUAAAACGGACCCCACGGCUCACCUUUUUGUUCUUUUCCUUUCCUCCUCUCUACCUUCCUUUCUCACCUGAAUUUUCCCUCACUUUCCUUCUUCCAAACACAUUCCUCCGCUUCUUAACUUUCUCACCAACCAAACACUCUUUUUCUUCUCCAUCUUUUUUUUAUUUAGAAAAACACACAGGACACAGCAAAAAAUCACAAUGACUUUGAUAUAAAGAAAAACGUCAAAAUUAACUAACAGCGUGCCUGCCUGCCCAUGGGUGCGUCUCUGUCAAACUUAACGGAAGCGACGGCGGUGAAUGGCGGUCCAGGUCUAGGAGAUAUUCCAGAGAGCUGUGUAGCGUGUGUAUUUACAUAUUUAACCCCGCCGGAGAUUUGCAAUUUAGCUCGACUCAACCGCGCCUUCCGCGGCGCUGCUUCGUCGGAUUCCGUUUGGGAGAAGAAAUUGCCGGUUAAUUAUCAAGAUCUGCUAGAUUUUUUGCCUCCUGAACGCUACCAUAAGCUCUGUAAAAAAGACAUAUUUGCCAUCUUAUCCAGACCUGUGCCCUUUGAUGAUGGCAAUAAGGAGGUGUGGAUAGAUAGAGUUACAGGGAGGUUAUGUAUGUCCAUUUCAGCUAAAGGAAUGGCAAUUACUGGAAUUGAGGAUCGUAGAUAUUGGAAUUGGCUUCCUACUGAAGAAUCUAGAUUUCAUGUCGUGGCCUAUUUGCAGCAAAUAUGGUGGUUUGAAGUGGACGGGGUUGUAAAGUUUCCUUUUCCUGCUGAUAUCUAUACCCUAACCUUUAGGCUUCAUCUCGGAAGAUAUGCCAAGAGGUUGGGACGUCGUGUGUGUAAUUUUGAACACACCCACGGUUGGGCUAUUAAACCAGUACGAUUUGAGCUGUCUACCUCUGACGAUCAGCAAGCAUUUUCUGAAUGUUGUUUAGAUGAGACUGAACAAGAUGAAGCGAAUGGCAGUCAUAAACGUGGAUGCUGGAUAGAAUACAAGGUUGGCGAAUUUGUUGUCACUGACUCUGAACCUCCCACUGAGGUCAGAUUUUCAAUGAAACAGAUUGAUUGCACACAUUCGAAAGGCGGGCUUUGUGUAGAUUCAGUUUUCAUUGUACCAAGUGAUAUCAGAGAUCGGAGAAAAAGAGGGGUUCUCAAAUAGCAAGAAAAGUGAAGGUGGUGUUGUUCAUUAUUGUCAAUUAUACCUGAAGUUUGUAGUUGGGUUUUCUCAUACGGCUUAUACUUCUGUAGGUAUUUCUUGCUUUAAAUCUCACCAUAUUUUAAUUUUCAACUAGGUUUGUGUUCUCCGUAUUAAUGUAAUUCUGUUGCUGUAUUUGAUCCAGUUUUGUUUCAUUUUACCCCACUUCAGUUGGAAUUAAAAGAAAAUGCUUUUAUUUGUC